AAUACUAGACGCCACAAAGCAUCUCGACAGAUCGUCCAGUGACACAGACAUGUGCUUGCUUAUUGCUUAUUAUUCAUCAAAUUCGACAGUUUGAGACGACUUCUUCAUAUCAUUGCACCUUAAACUGGCGCAGACAGCUUCAUAUCUUUAGCCUACAGUUCUCUGCUAGGUUGGCGGCACCAUUGGCAGCACAGAGGCUUGUGGGGAAGAUUAAACAGUCGAUCUUGGAUUAAAUACUUAAUGCCACUUAUAAAUGAGAAUUGUUCCAUAAAAUACUUAAGGAUAUGGCUCAUAUGGAGUGGGCUGAAGCCCAAAUAGCAGAGAUUGACCUGCUGUCAAGUAUGUUUCCAUCUCUGGAGGAGUUUGAGAUAACUGACCAGCUGGCACUUGCAGAACUAGUGGAGCGUGUGGAUAACUCAAUAAAUACCCUAACUUCUAGACCCCAGUUUGUUAUUAAACUGAAAAUUGGAACUGUCACCAAAGAGGUGAUUGUGACAAUACGUUGCACUUACCCAUCUGAAUACCCAAAUGUCUUACCAGAGAUAUCCAUAAGGUGCUCUGAUCUAAACAGAACUCAGCAAACCCAGCUUCACUCAGACCUGAACACAUACCUGAUGGACAACUGCUGUGGAGAAGUGUGUGUGCUUUUUGUGCUGGGGUGGGUCAGAGACAAUGCACACCUGUACAUUGAAAAUAGCUCACCUACAACCUGGGCUACCAAGAAUGUGUCUGAUUUCCCUCAGACCAAAGACACUUUCACCAGACUGUGGAUCUACAGCCACCACAUAUAUAACAAGAUUAAAAGGAAGAAUAUCAUGGAGUGGUCUAAGGAGCUAGAGCUCACAGGAUUCAGCAUGCCUGGAAAGCCUGGCAUUGUAUGUGUGGAGGGAUCCAAGCCUGCUUGUGAGGAGUUCUGGGCAAGAGUGAAGGUUUUAACAUGGAAGAAGAUCAUGAUUCGCCACAGGGAGGAUUUUACACUGGACAAUCAAGAUGCAGAAGGCCCUACUGGGGAAUGUAAGAACAAACUUAACAGGUUCACAGGCUUUAAAGAAGCCAUGUUUGAUCCACAUGGUAACAGAGGCAAUCACAUGGACCUUGGACAGCUCUAUCAGUUUUUAAAUGAUAAAGGAUGUGGAAAUGUCUUUCAGCUGUACUUUGGUAUUGAGGGAAAAUAGUGGUAACCUAUUGGUUGUCUCUAAGCUGUAGUUUAAGGACAUACUUACAAGUAAUGGUAAACCCAUUUUGUGAAACUCAACGCACAGUUCUUAUUCAGAUUAUGCUUCAAGAAGCAGGUGUGAACUCUGAUGAAUGAUGCAACAGAUGAUUUUGUUAUGCUCAAUUUUGUCCUUUGCACUUCAGCACUUGGCGGUCCCACUCGGUGGGUUUGUGUAGUCUACCACACCGUGGCUGGGCUGUUGUUGCUCCUAGACGGUUCCACUUCACAAUUAUUGGGUGUGCUCAAGCCUUCGGCGAGAGCA